AUGUACAUACUUUAUCCUUGUGGCAUAACAGGGAGCUCAUCUGGUAGGUCAACCUCAACGCCGAUAGGCUUUGCCCCAGGCAGUGCCAGUGCUAGCUCAACAGAAGAAGUGAUGAUCCAAGCAGACAGAAGUUUUAUUACCCUUGGAACCUGUGAAGGAAACACAUUCAACUAUGGGAGCUCAUCUGGUAGGUCAACCUCAACGCCGAUAGGCUUUGCCCCAGGCAGUGCCAGUGCUAGCUCAACAGGAGGAAGGAUUAUCCAAGCAGACAGAAGUGUUAUUACCCUUGGAAAAAGUAAAGGAAACACAUUCAACUAUGGCAAGGAAGGUCAACAAUCUUUACCAGAAUACAGGAUGGAUCGGGACCCAAGGGGGCUGUGUAUGAUCAUCAACAACGUCAAAUUUGAGGGAUCAACAGAAGACCGCAUAGGAAGCGACAGAGACGCAGUUAAACUGGCCGGUCUGUUCCAGAAACUCCAUUUUGAGGUGGACAUGGAGAAGAAUCUUACAGCCAGUGCCAUGCUUGAUUUGUUCAAGAGAGUCAGUCAGCUUGAUCAUACUGACUAUGACUGUUUUGCAUGUUGUAUCUUGACGCAUGGGGCACUGGGUCUAGUCAGCGGUACAGAUAACGAGACUCUGACGAUACAAGAGAUUCUGGAACUUUUCAAAGGAAAUUCAUGUCCAAGUCUUAACACCAAGCCAAAAAUGUUUUUCAUACAGGUAUGUUGCGUAUCAGUUAUACUUUCCCCCGCUUGUCGAGGCGACGCCGAGCAAGAAGGAGUAGAAGUUGUAGAUUUACAAGAAAUUGAUGAUGAUGAAACAAAUUCGACAAUACUCCACUUUGGAGAGACAGAAGAAGAAGAAGAAGAAGAGCCGCGUGGAGUAGGUGCUGGCAUACCCAAAACAUUCCCCAUUGAAGCUGACUUUCUUCUGAGCUAUGCCACUGUACCAGGAUAUGUCUCAUACCGUGGUAAAAAAGGCUCUUUGUAUGUCAAUGCGUUAGUAGAUCAGAUAACUAAACAUCACGAUACUACUGAUAUGCUACACAUCUUAACUGCAGUGAACAAAAGUCUGUGUAAUAUGGAUGUCCUAAGUAAGAAGGGCAUCAAGAAACAGGUUGGAGCACCUAGCUAUACAUUAAAGAAGGUUCUUAAUCUGCGUAGUUUGGAGUAG